AUAGAACACAACAUACCAAAUAAUCAGAACUAUCAACAUGUUGGAACAACCCCUUCUGCUUGAUUUCCUGGACUCUCCAUUGUUCUCCCAGGUGGAUUCUGUUGUUGAAAAGACAUCCAAUACCUUUGAAAUGAGCACAUCGCUUCUUUUCGGGGCACCUGAUUCCUCUGAGAAAGAAGUCAAGCUCUUUAACGGAUCAACCAUUAAAUUGAAGAAGAAAGUAGCGGUACCGGCUCUUCAAGAACUGGAGCUUUCUAACGAAGGUAUGUCGAUUAUUGACAUGGAUCUUUUGUUCCAAAAGGCCAAACAAAGACAAACAUAUAAAGAUAAUCAGAAGCAGGCGGCCGCCACCUCAAAUUCUAAACCUGUCCACAAACCAACACAUGUUUGGACAGAGCAAUACCGACCCCAACGGUUUGUUCAGUUAUGUUCCGCUGGAAAUGAUAGACAAUACAGAAUGAUCUCCCACUGGUUGAAAAAGUGGUCUGGGGUUGUCUACAAUGAAGCAUUCGAUGACGAUGAAGGAAACAUAGAUUCGUUAGGAAGACCUAUGAGAAAAUUCCUCUUGAUCAGUGGUCCUUCAGGAAUUGGAAAGACUGCAGCUGCCCAUAUCAUUGCUAAACAGUUGGGAUAUAAUGUGGAAGAGUUGAAUGCUGCCAACAGCAUGAACUCGCUUCCUAACAGUAAUUCCAGUGGUAACAAUUACACUAAUGUGGUGAACUCAUUGAAGUUGAAAAUUCAAAAUGCGUUGACAUCCAAUUCCAUUCAAUCCAAAGGUAAUAAAAUUCUGACUAAUAGCAAGCCCACCUGUUUGAUCAUAGAUGAAAUCGAUACGGCUGGGAACUCGAGUGACAUAAUCCGAGUAUUGAAUGAAAUUCACCAGUCCGACCAAAGGGCCUUCAACCAAUUGAAUAACAAAAAUGUAUUUGGCAAUAGUAACUCAAAGAGUAAGAGGAAAGACCAGCUCUUGAACAGACCCAUCAUUUGUAUUGCUAACGAUGCUUUCACAACUAGUUCGAGGACUUAUGGAGGGUUCAAUAUGGAUAAACUUAGAAACAUGUCUGAGUUGGUAACUUUCCAAAAACCCACCAUUCAAAAGACUAACUCUGGUAUGAAGAUUGGUGGAAAAGCUCUCAAGUCUGUCAAAGAGUAUAUCAAAUGGAUCAGUGAUAAGGAGAAUUUAAAACUAGGAUUUCAAGAAAUUGGUGAGAUUGUUGAGAUUUGUGAAGGAGAUAUUAGGGCUUGUAUAAAUCAUUUACAGUUCAACGGAAGAAAAGUCCAAGUGCCUAUGAUUGAGGGUGCCCACAACAAACUGACCAAAGACCUACAGCUUUCAUGGUUUAAAAUCGCUGAAAUGAUAUUUAAAAGAGAUCCUCUGUUAAGCAAAGAAGCUGAUUUUGGCAUGUUGAUGGAAACCAUUAUGAAUGGUGCUGGUAAAUCGGUUUCGGCUUCAAAUAGCACUUUGGACAAAGUUAUAAGGGCCUGUUUUAACAGGUACUUGGACUCUGUUCACUAUCAAGAUGAUUCCUUGGUUAAACCAUGUGAGUUAAGCGAUUGGUUGGACUUUUACGAUAAGGUCGGAAACUCUAAUGAUGCCUUGGACUAUGCCAGCUUGGUUAGUAUGAAAUUUUGGGUCUUGUUCAGUGAAUCCAACCCAAACAGGGUUUCCAAGAGCUUGAUCCCAGAUAUAAAGAACCUAGAGUACGAAUCUAAUGAGAUGAAAAAGGUGAAUAAAUCUAUUAUCAAGAGCUUCAUUUCCAAUCUUCCCGUUGAAGCUGGAUUGAGCUUAGGUGGUGGAUUUGAGAAUAAUGAGUCAUUCGGGCUAUUUGUGCUCCCAUUGAUACACAAGAUCAUUUCACCUGAGAUGACAUCAAGCGGUGGUUCCAUCUCACUAUCGAUGAAACUGAAACUGUCGUUAAGUGACUUUGAUCAGGAUGGCCUUGUAAAAGCUGCCAAAGUGAUCAAAGACUUUGGUAUUCAGUUGGAAUCACUAAGAGACACUACCACCAACUUAACCAGUUUGGAGUUCUAUCCAAAUCUUGAUUCGUUGGUGCUUUACAAUUCUGAUUACCUAAAGACUCCAAUUGAAAGCACUAUAAAGCAAAUCCAAGCCAGGAGAAAAUGGAUGUUCCCCCUAUUGCAAACAGAAUUGGAAAGAGAAGACGUGGUAAGACUAAUUGAAAAACGGAAAGCAGUUCAGCUAGGUGCUGUUGAUUCUACCAAAUCUAAUAAGAAACAAAAAACUACUAGUCUUGAAUUCUUUAAAGGACAAUACGAUGGGCUUUCAACUCAUAUUCAACAGGCCAAAGAUAAAGUGGAUUCUGAAGCUACUCGGAUCUGGGUCAAGUACAACGAAGGGUUUUCCAAUGCUGUGCGAAAGAAUAUUGGUUGGAACGAUUUGUGGAUAGCUUAAGUAUAUAGCAUUAUAUGUGGUUGGUACACGCAACGCUCACACUGAUAAGCGAAGUACUCGAAAUACAAAAAGUUGGAUGUGCUAAA